GCUAUCGAAAUAGUUCUCCAUGGCACCGACAAAGGCAAAGCCGUGUUUUUACUUUGCACAUGGAGGAUGUAGAAACGGGGACCAUUGCAGAUUCUCCCACGAGCGGGCCGCAAACAGCGAGAAAGACGUCAACUUGAUUGCAUCAACAUCUGCCGACAUCGAACGGCUCGAUAUAAAUACCGGAGAUGCGACUCGUGCCAGCUCUACUGCUCAAGUACAAUCAGACUCCCGUGCCACAAUCCCUUGCAAAUUCUUCGGGAGCGCAGGAGGCUGUCGAAAUGAUCCAUGUCCAUAUUCUCACACUUCAGGUGGCCAUCAGGCUGAGAAGACAGGCAACCAUGAUCUCGCGAUGAUCGAGGACGAGGACCAAGAAGGCCAAGACGACUUUACUCGAGAUCUUUCAGGCGCCCUGGUCUCCUUCAGCGAAACCGGCCAUGUCCUCAAAGUUUCUCUCCCAACAGACUACUCUUGUGCUUGCAUAACUGGUCUCAAACCAGGGAUCCAGCCUGAAACAAUAGUCGAGAUUCUUGGUGGCUUCGGCUUCAAUGUCAGCAUAGAUUGUGUUCGAAUUCCAAAAGGUACACUGCCGUCAGAGACGAAAGCUCUAGUCAAAGUGGAAGACCCGUCGUUUGCGAAAGAGCUCGGCGACAGGCUCAAGCAGCAGCAGUCCGACCUCAGCGCAACGCCACACCCAAUCCAUAGCAAGCGGUCGAAUUGCAGAAAGGUCUCCGUCUCCUGGCACAAAGCUACGCGAAGUGUUUGGGUAAACUAUGGAAAUGGCGGUAUCGCGGACCGAGUUGCCCAGAAAUUCGCCGACGGUCGUUACAAGGUUCUAGGUCAAUCUGUCAAAUGUUCUAAAGCCAAGGAAGCUGACACUGGAUGGAGGCGAGGCGGAUUUUCGCACAACCCUGUUGCGUGGACUAUUACCUUAAGCGACGUGCCUGGCCCUGCGACACGUACUGAUGUUGAAGAAAGCAUCCGAGCGUCGUAUGACAAACCACGACAUAUUGAACCCUCACGCCCGAGCUACCGAGCUUCCGAUGCAGAAGUCAGUGUCGAAGUUCGGUGCCUUCUGGAAAAACACGGCCGGCUGGAGAACUUUUAUCUUGAGCCCAUAUCCAUGGGUAAACGGGUAAAGGCUGUAGCUUUGUUUCAGGAUGAGGCAGAUGCUAUGUCGGCAUGCUCACUCAACAACGAGCAGCUUUCUAUCCUUGAGAAGGGAAAGUUGACUGUAACACUGAAGCAGUCAACCAAGAUUAAGAUUCAAACGCCAUUCUACUUAGCCAUGGAGACCAGAUUUGAUGAGGAAAGAAAGAUCUGGAGAGAACGACAUCUGGCAUGUCAUGUGUACGUGGAUAGCCCGCCAGGGUUUACAGUGCUAAAGGUUGAGGGCGACAACCCCAACGAAGUGGCCAAUGCCCGCAAAACGCUUGAUCAAAUUUCGCAGGGAGUUGUCCUAAAGAAUGGCGAAGAUCCAAUCUGGACAUCAGCACUUAGGACUAAUGGAAGCGCACACAAGAGAGUCAAGGCGAUUGAGAAAGAACUUGGAAUACUUGUCCGCAGAGACAAAGCGAAAUGCCAGCUUUGCUUCUACGGACCUCUCGAGAAAUACCAGCAGGCUGUUACUCAGAUCAGCGAAGCGCUCAAAGAAGAAUCGUCUCCAAGCUACAAGAUCGACCUCAAACCCGAUCAGUUUUCGCGCAUGGUCCAAGGGGGCUUCAAGUACGUUGAACAAGCUCUGGGCAAGAAUGUGGCCGUCCUUGACGUGGUAUCGAAGAGGCUUACAGUUGGUGGUACAAAGAAACAAUAUGAAAUGGCUUUGGCGAUCUUGAAUGGCGCAGAUGGUAUAGAAAUCCGUGCCAGCGCCGCAAACCCAUCUUCGCCGGAAGGGGACUGCCCGAUCUGCUUCUGUGAGGCAGAAACCCCUGUUCAAACCUCAUGCAUGCACACUUACUGCCUCGAGUGUUUUGAAGACAGCUGCAAAUCUGCGGCAUCAACCAGCAAAGCCGAUUUUCAAGUCAAGUGCCAAGGUGAUGGAUGUACUUGCCCGACCAUAUUCACACUACAAGAGCUGAAGGAACGACUCUCGUCCUCUGUCUUCGAAAGUGUGCUCAAGUCGUCCUUCGAAGAGUACGUCCAACGUCGCCCCGACGCCUUCCACUACUGCCCCGAGCCAGACUGCGGAUAUAUCUAUCGCUGCACUCCCGCCUCAAACUCGAAGCCUCCGGCUUACAUGUGUCCCAAUUGUCUGGUGCCCGUAUGCACAUCCUGCCAUACACGGCAUGACGGCCAAACAUGUGCCGAGUACAAAGACAUUGCAUCGGGAGGCUACAAAGCUCUCGAGGAACUGAAGAGAAAAUUGAACAUCAAAGACUGCCCCAAAUGUACGACGCGGAUCGAGAAGACGGACGGAUGCAAUCAUAUGACAUGCGGAGGGUGUAAGUCGCACCUCUGCUGGGUGUGUAUGGCAGUCUUCGGGACCAGCACGGAAUGCUACGCACAUCUGAAUCAAGCUCAUGGUGGUCAUGGAGGGGUGCCUCAGCAUCUGAUGCUUUGGUGAUUGAGACAUAGACGAAGUAUUCGGUGGAUGGAUUCAGUCCGGUUACGGAACAUAACGAUCAUAAUGUAUUGCUACUACAAUUC